AUGGUUACUAAAAGUCACUAUGUGAGAAAAAAUCUGAUAUUAAUGAAAGAUAUGGGAAAGAAAAAUCGAGGCAUUAGGGCUCAGUGGACAGAGAAAACGAUGGCAGAAGCUUUACAGUUGUUAAGAGAAGGGAAUUCACAAGAAACGUUAGCACGACGUUGUGGCAUUCCUCGUCGCAUGCUAAGAAACCACUUGGAAUCCGGUUUAUCAAAACAUUCUUUAGGUGCAAAACCUCUUCUACGCACACAAGAAAACGAUUUGGCGGUUAAAAUCAUUCGAUUUGCUGAGAAAGGUUUUCCUCUCACGUCAAAAAGUUUACGUGGUAGCGUUUUCAAAUUUUGUGAAACACUUGGUGUUCCACACAAAUUUAAUAAAGUAACGCAGUUGGUAGGCAAGGAAUGGUAUCGUUCCUUUUUAAAGCGUCAUCCCAACAUAUCACAAAGGAGAGCUCAGCAACUGCAAAAAUUGAACCGCUACAUUGCCGAUGAUUACUUCACUAAAUUAGGUAGUCUCUUGGAUAGAAAGGGUUUAAAACACCGACCUGAAAAGCUUCACAACAUGGACGAGAAGGGAUGUAGACUGACCCUGCAAAACAAACAACGUGUGCUAGCGGAGAAAGGAUCAAGAAGGGUACACCUAAUCGCGCCAGAACAUGGAGAGAAUGUUACCAUCGUGGCUUGUGCGAAUGCCCUUGGUCAAGUGGUGCUCCCAAUGAUACCUUUUAAAGGUCAGCGACAGAAACCUACAUAUACUGAUGGAUUGCCUGCCGGGUCAGAGGUUUGCAUGACACCCACAGGUAGCAUGACGACUGGCACAUUUUUAACGUGGUUGGACCACUUUAUGUCUGCCCCUCCCACGAUUCUAAUAUUCGACGGUCUAUCGAGUCAUUUAGAUGUAUCCAUUGCGGACAAAGCAGAGCCCUUAGGCAUAGAGCUCUUUUGUCUUCCUUCCAAUACCACACACCAGCCAACCCAUGGACGUGACUGUUUUUCGCCCGUUUGA